CCGUUUACUCCGACACGAGUAGCUCUCAUCUCUCUUUUUCUCUUUCUCCCUCUCUCUCGCCGCCUACUUUCUGGAUGGCCGUCUGUCCGUCCGUCUCUUCGCCUUCCUGUAUCUCCGUCCGCUCCCCUCCCUUCCAAACACCGAGCAGCAAUUCCGGAGCUUCAACCGCAUCCGCAUCCGCUCUGCCGUCCGUCCGUCCGUUCCCGAUCACACACCUCACCGACACCGGCGCCGAAUCACUCAACGCCUGCCUCUCUCUCCGUCCCCCUUUUCACCGAGCGGCUUUUCACAGCGACCCCCUCCUCAAAAUGCAGGCCGCAAGACGGUUCGGGAAGCGGCUCCCGCUGCUGUCUCCCACACGCCACGCGCCGUCCAUCCGAAAGAUAGCCUCCCUGCAACGUGAGCCGGCGCCCCCCUCGGCGCGUGCCCAAGAUCACGACAGACGAGACCGGUACCCCCCCGCCGAUGCUCCCCGCCAAGGGUCCCGAGUCGAGAGUUCCGACGGCGACGUCCUUCUCCGAAGAAUCGGCAAGUGCCUCUCGUUUGGCUGCACCCCUCGGCAGACCGCCGACGCCGCCGCCCUCGUCCGCGACAUCGCCGACAACUGGCUCGCCAUCCAGAUGACCCUCGCGGCCCGCAGCCCGCAGGUGCGGGACCUCGUCUAUACCGGCGCGCUGUGGAAGGACAACGCCGACAAGAUUCUCGACCCAUCAACGCCCCGGCCCUGGAAGGGCAUCGGCCGCCACGCCCAACUUGUCCGCGUCGGCCAGGAGGCCGCCGUACGCUUUCUCGACUACAGCCUCGCGACAGCGCCCCCCAGGUAUCAAAAGAUGUGGGAGAAGCUAAGAGACGAGGGCGAACGGAACCACGGAUAUGAAGUACCUCCCCAUCUGGAGCUGGCCGAUGUCUGGCUCUCCCAUGUUGACAACCGCGUGCUGCAAACCCAGAAUGUCAGCGCUCUCGCCCGGCUCGACUCCCACAAGAGAUUCCUCGACCAUGGCGAGUUUACUUUGACCGUCUCUAUAUGGUCACACAGGUACAUCGCCAAGCUAGCAGAUGCCACCGUCUUGGUGACGUACAACACGAACAUGGCACACCGAAACGAGACUUUCCUCAACAAGGAGCUGCCGCGCAUCGCCGACCUUGGGCUGGACCCCCCAAAGGCAUAUCACCAGGCCAUGCAAAAAGGAGAGGCUGUCUUGUGUGCCGUUGAGAAACUGGAAAAGGAAACCUGGGACAGCGCCGACGCUGUCGAGGAUUUCGGCUCUGCCUCCACUGACCAAUGAUGCCCGUCCGGUGCUCCCGACUGACCCGAGUUUCCCCCCUUCCUUCUCCCGGCACGCUGGCACUUCGACGAGCAUGAAGGGGCAUGCGUAUGUACAAUAUUGUGUGGCAACACAACACAACACAUCCAUGGCGCUUGGCCCACCACAUACGUAGGCUAGAUUAUAGAUCCUAGGGGCCCGCGACGGGAAAAGAAUGGGGGGAGGGGAGGGGCAUCGUAUGGCCUGCCGAGGUGAGACAAACACUUAGUGGUGUAAUGUAAUCUCUGGUAUGCUGGAUGGGGCCGGGCGGGCUGAUUCUCGGCGCACGGCAGCGUCAAUGGGGACAGAAACGCCGGCGGAUGCCCGACGCCAAGUCCCGUCCGUCCCAGGCGGCGAUGGGGACGACGGUCCACGAUGAGAGCGCGAUGCGCCGACACGCGAUGGCUUGAUGGUUGGAAAGAGAGACUUUGAUGUCCUCCGACCCCAGAUGCAACUCGUGCCACGGAAUCUCAGCGUCUCAAGAUCCCCCCCCCCCCCCAAAAAAAAACCCAAGCGUGCGAUGGUUCUGUCCGGGGAAACGGCUGCCGUGAAUGCUCAAGAGCCUCUUCUGCUGACGUGCUGAAGGCAAGCUGCGAAUCACCAAACACAAAAUGGCCGUCACCCCUCAUCGAGUUCCCAGCAUGACCAACAUCAUUCGGCAUUAGCAGAGCUAUCCAGAAGAAAGAUACUCCGUUGAGCCCAGCCAUACAUGCCCAGACACCACUAGCACCAGCACCACCCAUUGAGGGUAAGGAACAGCUGCAUGAAUUCGUGAAGGGCGCGCCACUCACUGUUCGGUGGUGUCCAGCUCUGUAAUAUCUGACCAAAAUCCACCACGCAGGCAGCUGAACAAUGUUAGGGGCAGCAACUCGUGAUUGGUACGGAUAGGACUUCCCACUGUUCCAGCCGGCAAUGGUGGGUGGUGGUGGGUUUGUUAUGCGUGACCUUCUCUCGUCUCCGUACGCGUACGGCGGCACGGAGCCAACUCGGUGUCGGUGGGACAAGAGUAGUCUCUGACUCUCUACUCCUUCCCACCCUGAGAAGGGUAAAAAUUCUGUUGUUUUUUUUUCUUCCCGUCAAAAAAAGAGAAUUUUUCUUUCGGGGGGGCAGAAGCUCGGCCUCAGUGUCCACUGUCUGCCGCUGCAAAACUUCGAAAUUGGCUCUAGAGGGGGGGGGGGGGGGCCACAGA